GCUAAAUGCUUUUGAGUGUGUGGCUUAACAACUUUUGCUUUACCAGUCAAGAAGACUCACAACAUACAAAGCUACUCACCCCCUUAGACAGGGAGACCUUUAUUUACUACCAGAAUCCAAAACCCCAAACUCUCUCUCUCUCUCUCUCUCUCUCUCUCUCUUUCACACACACACACACACACAGAAACUGGCUACAAGGUGAGCUUAAAUUAGCAAAGAGAGAGAGUUAAAGGUAGUAUAUAGGGCGCCUUUUCCUUUAUCUCUCACUACUGGCUUCAGUUAAAGUUGACGGGAAUUCUGGUGUUUUUUCCAUGGUUAAAGCAGAAAGUAUGAUUGAGCAGCAUAUGUAAACAGCGAGGAUUGGAAUUGUGAGAGUUUCAUUAGAUGGCGGUAUCAUCUACAGAAUAGUGGGAAAAUAUACCAAAAAAAAAAAGGAUUUUUGCGCCAUGAAUAAGAAUAGUCAGCUAGGAUCCGUGAGCAGCUCUGAUCUCAUCGAUGCAAAGCUGGAGGAGCAUCAAUUAUGCGGAUCCAAACAGUGCCCCGGCUGCGGACACAAGCUCGAAGGCAAACCGGAUUGGGUAGGGCUACCCGCCGGAGUGAAGUUCGACCCGACCGACCAGGAGCUGAUCGAGCAUCUGGAAGCCAAGGUGGAAGGGAAGGAUUCCAAAUCCCAUCCCUUGAUUGAUGAGUUCAUCCCAACCAUUGAGGGAGAAGAUGGGAUUUGCUACACGCACCCUGAGAAGCUUCCCGGAGUAACAAGAGACGGAUUGAGUAGGCACUUUUUCCACCGGCCGUCCAAGGCGUACACCACCGGCACGAGGAAGCGCCGGAAAAUCCAGACGGAAUGCGACUUGCAAGGUGGCGAGACGCGGUGGCACAAGACCGGCAAGACGCGGCCGGUGAUGGUGAACGGCAAGCAGAAAGGGUGCAAGAAGAUCUUGGUGUUGUACACUAAUUUUGGUAAGAAUCGGAAGCCGGAGAAGACGAAUUGGGUGAUGCAUCAGUACCAUUUAGGGCAGCACGAGGAGGAGAAAGAAGGGGAGCUCGUCGUCUCAAAGAUUUUCUAUCAGACUCAGCCGCGCCAGUGCAACUGGACCGAGAGGGGCGGCGCCGCCGCUGCCGGCGACGACAUACGGAGAGACAGUGGGAGCUGCUCUUCCUCUAAGGAAAUCAUCCCUCAAAGAGAUGAUUUCUCCGCUGCUGCCGCCGCCGUCACUAUGGCCGCCGCCGCUUCCGUCCCAACUUAUACCGGCAUUGAUAUUCAUCACCUCAAAGCCGAUCACUUCGGCUAUCUCCCCUACAGAAAAUCGUUUGACGAGGCUGCAGGGAGCAUCGGAGAGGCGUCAAUUGCAAGGGAAGCAGCAGCAGGCACAUGCGAAGAGCGUGACAUGGGACAGCAUCACGUGACCCAUGAGCGUGACAUCCCGCAGCAUCACGUGACCCAUGAGCACCAUCACCAGAUUGCUGCCGCCGCCGCCGCCACCGCGUUCCACAUAAGCCGGCCGUCGCACUCCAUCUCCACCAUCAUCUCUCCUCCUCCGCUCCACCACACCUCCAUUAUUCUCGAUCAAGAUCACCCCUUCCAUGUUCCCAGAAUCAUGCUCCCCAAUGAAAAUUACCAGCAACAUCAACAGCAGCAGCAGCAGCAACAACAACAUCAUAAACUUGGGGGAAGGUCUGCAUCUGGAUUGGAGGAACUCAUCAUGGGAUGCACCUCAACUGACAUCAAAGAAGAGUCAUCAAUGGCGAACCAACAAGAAGCAGAAUGGUUGAAGUACUCGACAUUCUGGCCCGACCCAGACAACCCGGAUCAUCAUGGAUAGAAACAAACAACCACAAAUCAUUACCAUAAUCAUUACUUGUAAGUGCUGCCAGGGACCAAAAUACACUAGUACCAUUGUUUUCCUUGUUUCUUUUUUCACUCUAAAUUUCAGGGGUCACAAACUGAACUAACUGUUCAACAAAAAACCCAUGUUGCAAAAGCAAGAAAAGAGAGAAAAAGAAAGGAAAGGAAAAAAAAGGAACCAAGAAAAAGCCGGCUCUCUUCUGACGUACACAAAGAGGAGAGAGAGAGAGAGAGAGAGAGAGAGGGAGAGUGAGAACCAAGGAAAGAAAACCCCGACGUCCAAAGCGAAAAAUUCUUGCUGCAUGAAAAUCAUCACCAUGAUGAUUACUAUACCGUCUUUAUACAUGUUUAUUCCUUAUUAUUAUUUGUUCAUUUUUAAGUUAUUUUUUUGUAUAAUUAUUGCCAAUUGUAUUACACCAAAGAAUUAUAGAUACUAAAGCACAUGCAAUAUUGGAAAUGGAAACCGUGUUUAUAAUUUUUU